GAACUUCGGCCUCCGGUGCGUUCUUUAUUGCGGCUGUUAUCAAUUUUAUGUGUCGACGUCUGGUCUGCGAUGCAGUUGCCGAUUGUCGGUCGUCGUGUCCGCAUCGCCAAAAUCUGGCACGCUCGUUAAGAGAGCGUUCGCGCAUUCGGUCCGAUGCAAGUGUGCACUUUUUUGUGCGAACAGUGACUGUCAGUGCUUAAUCUGCUCUCGUGCAGCCAAAACGGUUUUUUUUGUGUGUAAAUUGUGUGAAGGGAUAGUGAUAAAGAGAACCGAACCGUUUAGCUGGUGCCAUCGAUUCGAAGCGAUAAAAGUAACACAGUAAAACGUGCAAGUGACAGAUUACUCCGCAACGCUGCGGAUUGGAGUUAGUGAACAGUUUAGUGACAAAAGUGAAUGACGGAAGUGUUUUUUUUUUCGGCUGCCGAUCGAAUGCGAGUAUCUCCUGUGAUGGAUUAAUUGUAGUGAAGUUGCAUAGGAUUACCUUACGAAUGUUUCGAUUGCAUUUUUCUUCAUGAUAAGCCGCACAAAACAACCAUGGGAUAGCAAGAUGCCAGAUCGCAACCCCGACCAACCAUUACGGUUACCACCAGCCAUCCGGAGGCCCCGAGGGGAUAUCCCGACUGUCCGACAGAUCCGGCUAAAGUGGCUGACAAGUUACCCAGUGAAUUAAGUGUAGCUCUCACUUCUUGCUUCAUUUUACGUCGACCGUUCGUUCUUUCCUUCAUUCGCGGCAGUGUUUAUUGUGUGUGUGUUUUUUUUUUUACAUCUGUUCACUUUGACGAACUCUGAUAAGUUAAGAACGGCUAAGGCAUUCAAUGUCCACCAGCUUAGUUCUUGUUGCCGUACGUAUUGUGUGUAUUUUAGAAAUAAAAAAGUGCGAUUUUGGUUUAGUCUAACAAUAAAACCACCAACUGCAGAAAAACAGAAAAAGACUAUUGAAGCAAAAAAACAAGGACACGAUAUUCUGACACCUAACCCAGUUCUUACUGCUUGCAGUUAUGCUACGAAAGUGACAGCCUGUGUACGUGCAACGAUUUUCCCCCGUGUUUGGUAAAGACAGUACACAAAAAGAAACAAAAAAUUUAGAUAACACCGAAAAAGGCACACAACCGUUGUGUAUGAGUCUACUGGGAAACGAAAGAUGUUCGGUUCCAAAUUGCGAUCAUGGAUGGAAAAUCAUAUUGUGCGACCGAGAAAAAAGGGAAACAAAAAUAAAUCCGGAAACAACGGCAACAACUUCGGUGUCCUGACGACCCAAAAUGGCUACAAGAGCGGCUCGUUUGCUACAGAUUCCAACAUCGGCAGCCCUGCUAGACGCAGCGAAGUUUCACCGAUUCAAAGUCAUACAACCAGUCGCCGCGGCUGGCACUCGCCGAACCAGGAUAAUGUCCCGAUUUCGCCGAAAUCUGAUCACUACCCCAUACAACACCGCAUUCACAACAGACAAGCGCCCGAUGGAGGCGCCCAGUGCUGGACGAGCGCGUACGGCACCGUGAACGGCCAAUCUGGAGCAGCAUCAUUUCACUACCCUCAACAGCAGCAGCAGCAGCAGCAAUUCAAUCCCGGCGUAUCAUCGCCAAAAAGCAUCUCUCGCAACGGCUCAUCUUACACACUUGAGCCGGGUCCGACGAACGUCUACUACUCGAAAAGCGUAGACUCGUACGCGGCAGACACUGCGCUUCCCUACACAAUGCCCGAGUUUGACUUCCACGCCGGCAAUACCGGCCCAUCGAGAGGCAUUAUGACCGGUAACGGAUCCGUUUCUACCGGACAUAAUGGUCACCUGAUGUCACACACGGCGACCGUCACGCGCGGCACCUACUCGACGGCCACCAGUUCGAGCAAUGAACUGCUCGAGGAGCUGCACUCGUUCGAAGGUGCCCGAAUCAAGCGUCUACAUCCGGCCGCGACACGCAUCAGCUCGUCCUCCUCUUCCUCCGUCAACUCGACGCACUACAACGUCAACAAUAACCACAACCACAACAACAAUAAUCAUCUGGCCAGCGGAACGCUACCCUCCUCGCAGUAUGGCAGCUCCAAUGGACACCAUCAGCAGGCACUAGCAACCAGAAGCUCCACCCAAGCGGCGACGUCGACCGGGUGCAGUGAGAAUAAGUAUGGCAAACUUAUGCAGCAACCGAAUCAACCCUCCAAACAGUACGGUCCUUACUACGAGCAGCAGCAGCAGCAACAACAACCGCACAAUGGCAACAACAACAACAACUUGCUGUAUUGCUCCAACAGUAAGGCUACCAAUUCCGCCACUAAUGGUGAUGGUGGCACUGGCAGCAGAAAUGCGUCCCCACUUCCUGCCCGAGGCUCGUCGGCCUGUACGUCACCUGUUCUGCGCUCGGGCGCACCCAGCGCCAAAAGUAAUCGUGUUAUCAAUGGCAAUAAUAAUAACAAUAACAAUAGCAUCCACCUCGACGCGUCGGCAUCCGGUACUGGUAAAACAGUUGCCGGCAGCGGAAGCUCAUUGACGGCCAGCUUUACCAGCAAGUUCCACAAACUGACGGGAAACCGCUCGGCGAACGGUUCGAACGCAUCCGACGGUGCUAGCAACAGUAAAUUGAAUCAUGUUAAUAACAACAAUGCGCCCAACGGGGCAACCAGCAACUCGGCCAACAUACAUCCCUACCAUCAGCACCAUCCCCAGCAUCAUCAUCAGUACCAGAUCAAUAACGUCACGACACAUCUGCAUCCACCGGCACAACCACUUCCGUCGGGCAAGCAGCCACCGUCGUCAUCGUCAUCGUCGUCCUCGCCACCGCCCGGGUCGCAAGCUGGCCCAGCCGGAACUACACCUUCGCCGGGCGUACACCAUCUGCAUCAUCCAUCGGCGCACGGCCACCAUCACCAUCAUCCGCACGGACCGAUGGGUCAUACGCUUUCAUCGCCGGAAAGUGCUUACUCGACCGGAUACUCGACCGACGGCACGUCACCGGGUGGCUGUUCCUACACGCCGGAAUACUACAUCAACAUUCGCACCGGGACACACUACUUCCCCAAGGGCACGACACUGCCCGGUGCGUUGCACGGAAGGACAACGGCGGCAUUUGAUCGUACAGGAUCCGCGAUCCCUGCCAAUGGAGCAUCAGCAGCAGGACCAGCCGGCAGCCAUCACGAAAAUGGUUCCAAAUUCAAGUGUGCCCUUAAUCGGAUCGAGGAAAAGCAUGUGGAGUUUUGUGUGGACGCGGAAUCGCACGUUGCCGGACCACGAGCAUGUGCUUCGGCGGCGUCGCCAGCACCAGCACCAGCAGCAGCUGCACCCAAUCUGUCGAGCUUUAAGCCCACUUCCGGUGCAACGGGUGGCGCUGGCGGAAGUGGGUCGGGCGUUUUAUCUCAACUUCAGCAACCGUCAGCGGCAGCCCAACCGCAACCGAACCAGCCGCCGAAUGCAGUUGCGAUGAGUCCCAUUAUGCAGAAGAACCUCGGCAUGCAGCAUUACCGUAGCAUUGAAUCUCCAUCGCCACGUCAACGGUGUAGAAUUCGUACCAAUCCUUGGUUGACGACGGCCGAUGGAGCUCUCGCCAGUGCCAGCUGUAUUAAGCGCACGGAACAAGAUUCGGGAUCUACCUCGUCCGGCAUCAAGUCGAGCAGCGGAACUGACGACAAUAAAAAUGAUAACAACAAACCGAACGCCCUUUCGGACACGGAUUCCAGCUCGUCCACGGAGAAGAUCGUCAACAAGAAGCCAUUUACACCGAAGAGUCUUAAGAAAAUGGGUGACAUCUCACGGUUGGAUAGCAAAUCUGGCCCGGCAACGUUCGGCUCCAACCAGGACAGCGACGAGGAUGCAACGCUGAACGAGAUGAUGGGCAAGUUUGACGAAAGUUACCACUACGAGAAGGAGACUGACAUUUUGAGUUGCAGCGAUUCGGAUCCUACGGAUUGCCCGACGGAUAUUGACACCGGUCAGGAUGCGGGCGACGAGUGUGACACGGACGAUCUGCUCGAUUUGGACUUUAUCGAUACGGGCUCCGUGCAGGAGGUACCGGACAAGGAAAUCUAUCGGCACACAACCAGCUGCUCCAUUCAUCACUUCCCCGAACGGAAAGCGUCCUGCAAGCAACAGCGAACCCAGCGAAGUAAACGCACCAACGAAAGUGGCGGUGGCUCCAAACGGCGGAAGAAGUUGGUCCGCACGAGAAAGAAAACGACGGAUCAUGCGGCACUUGGUGCGGGCUCCGGUGGAGGAGAUUCAGCCGCCGUUGUAAGCCGAGGUUGUCGAAGCUUAGGAGGCACUCCGGUCUCGUUGAGACGAAACCAGCCGGAUCCGGAGAUGCGUACACCGACCCGAGGCUCACCACUUACCAACCGUUGCAAUUCACUCACCUUCACCGAGGUACAUUCGCUGCACAGCCGAAUACUGGCCAUUUCCGAGAGUGAAAAGGCGCUACUGCGUGCGGACCUGGAGGCGGACGUGAAGUACAAACAGUUGAUUCACGAAGCCGAAUCGAUACUGUUUUCUAUGAAGAGCAAUAGUUCCAUCUGCAUCAAGGACCUAGCCAACGUGCCGCCGCCACCGUUGCCUCCACGCGAGCCCCAACCGCCCCCGUCGACGGCGUCGCUCGUGAAAGAAACGCCAGCCGCCGCUGCUACCACCAUUGCUAGCCCUCGGCGUGUUUGUAAUCCGCCGGCCAACAAGCGGGUCGAAAUGUUGCGCAACUGUGAAGCUGAUUUGCGCCGAGAGUUGGCGAAAACGUGUUCGCAAAAGUGUGCCGAUGGAGUGGGCAACCCGGCCGAACUGAAUCCCGCCGAAGGUGUUAUCGUAAACAAGCGGUUGGAGGUGCUACGAUAUGAGACGGCCUGCUCCCUAUCGGCCCCAAACAGUCCCAAGAACACCCGCGUUCUGCUGCCUCGCAAAACACACGUUUCCAACUUUAUCCAUCACCAAGCUCGACCGCCCUGCUCGUCGGACGGCGGUGUGGCGAACGAUCUUAAACAAAGUGCCAACCAAUCGCCACCUCCUCCGCCACCGAGGCGAUUAAUGUCCAAGUCACCGACCAUCAUGCGGAGACGGUUCCGCAGCCAAAGUCCUCAUCUGAACAUCGAGUCGGACUCUGACUCGGACGAAGUGAGUCGGAAUUUGGAUAGCAAAGCGAACGGGAAGGCUCACCGUACCAACCACGGCAACAAUAAGGAAAAUCUUACCAACCACCCGCAACCGAUUCAUCCGAGCUCACAGCCAACGCACAAAGACGUCACAGGCAAGCAGAUGAACAACUUUCGGCACACGAUUCACGGUCCAGCCGUCACGAAUGGUGAGGAUGGGUACGACUAUACGGACGAAGCGGCCAUCACCAAUGGCACGCACGCUACAGGAAUGCACAAAUCGCCGCUUAUAUCGUUCCGAUCGGUAGACAUUGGCUCACCGGUCACCGAUGACAGCUAUUGUCCGCAGAGCGAACCUCUCAAGCGAAAAAUUUACACCUGUAGUGCAGCGUUCGAGAAAAUACAGCGAAGCCUUCACCACGAUCCAGAUGCAAAGCAACAGCUCAUCAUCGAUGCACUAGCUGAAAUAAAGCGCAGCCUAGAAGAUCAGAGCGUGGAGUUGCACGAGCUUAACAACACGGAAAACUAAAUACUUCAUCACGCUGCAGCAGCGCUCUCUGGCGGUCGGGAAUCGAAGCAACUACCACCUCAGCACUGUUGCGCCACCUAGUGAACAUACUGCUGACGGUACGAGUUGUGUCUUCGCUAAACUGCUCGAACGCAUGGGCUCGAACGCAUGGACUCGAGCACCGUUUGGUGCGUGCUCGACGAUGUUUACCAAAUUUACCACUUCCUUUACACAAUUUGUUAGUAAGUAGAAAAAUUUUGAAUGUUUAGUCCACCAAACCUAAAUUGGCCCAUUGUUCGUUUUUGAUUAGAUUAAAACAUAAUAUCUAUCACAAUUGAACUUCGAAAGACAAAAAAAAAUACUUUAGAAUUUAGAAAAUCCAUCCAUCCAUCCGUUAAUUAGGUUGUAGAACGUGUUGAUUCAACGCGCUAUAGUAAUCAACGACAAACGCAACACAGAACGUAGUCUCGAACUCGAACUCUAGUCAGCAUCCUUAGGAUAGAGAAGCGGUUGCUCCUUCCACUCUUACUCGAUACGAUCAUUAGUCAUUAUAAACUACUAGUUCUCUUAUUCGAUUGCAUUUCAACGAUAUUCCAAUGACAAACAAACAAAACAAGCGACUCGGUAUUAGUUUGUAGAACUCUACCAUACUCUUACCAAUGAUACGCUCUAUGCUCUAUGUUUAAGUAUUUGUUCAUUUUGUUUCAGUUUUGUUGUGAUUAAAUUUAGCAAAGUGUAAUAAACGGGUACAUUGCCUAUUCCAAGUAGUAAUUUUGAGUUUUUACACAGAAACAUUCCUUGCGUUUUAGUUUUACUACUCCAAAAAAUCCUACUUAUACAUUCCUUAAAGUAUAGAAAAAUAGUGAAUAACUAGUUUUGUGAAUUUAGGUCCAUUCAGUUCUGUUUGAAGGUGUUUACUGGUUUUUACUGGACUGCUCCAGCCAGCAAUAGUUACGGUUAAUUUCUUUUUUACUAUAUCUCCUAGAAUAUCCUAUAGAAACUAUUUUUUUAUAUUAUCCUAGAAAUAGUUAUGAUAUUGCUAAAGUGUUCCGAAAGCUCCUAUUUAAUUUUCUUCUUAAUUUUUUGUUGACUUCUUUCCACCAUUGUAGGUGAGAAUUCGAUAGAAUAAAUUCCACUAUCGCUUUAUCUUUCAACGUGCGCCUAUCCCAAAGAACAAACAAACGCAAUUCACAUUCCAAGGACCAAGCAAUGCGAGCUUAUGUGCUUUUUUGCAAAUGAAAAACAAAAUCAACCGGAAAUGCCUUUUCCAUCAAGAAGAGUAUAUGGAGCUAAAGUCACAAAACUAUUUAUUCCUAUACACCGGGCAGAAACGUAACAGUGUAACAAUUUAUACAGCCGACCGUAAUUAGUAAAUCGAGCGUUCUUUAAUCUUUCCCAGCGAGUUGGGUUACUGUAUUGUAUAGAUUUAAGGUAAAUAAUACCAUUGGAAUGGGUAAGCGAUGUACCAAAACAAUUUCGUAACCGUAAUAUUUAUUACCAAACCAAACCAAGCUGGCAGGAGAGCAAAUGUUUGUGGUUAGAGUCAUUGACUUAUAACAUACACACACACGUAAAUAGGAACAACCAGGGGCAUACGCGCAAACCAAGCGCGGCAUUUAUUCGUACUAACUAGUUAUACACUCGAAAACCAAAAAACCCGUAAGCGUACUGUUACUGCAUUAGUUGUAGACUAAAACGUAAAACUAAAAAUAAAACACCGACAAAAACCAGCAAACAAACAAACCAAUCCAAAACAACGUCAGUGCUUUUCCAGGACUUCCAGGCACGCUUCAGAGCGUUGAAGAAAUGCGUACCCAGGCCAGGGGCAAGAUAAUUGCUCGGCCAUGAUUAGCCAACCGAUUGCGAAUCCUUACCAAGCUUAAUUAGCUCCGGCUAAGGACAAGGAUGAUAGCAAGAAACCCCACGGAAGAAAUUAAAUAAGGAAACCCUACGAUCUUCCCGUACAUCCAGGACAUUGUAACUACACUCAUUUACACACAUCGUAUACAGUGGAGCGUUUGCGAGCGCCACACAGCAGACGCACAUACACUCAACCGAACCUCGUAUUUAAUAAAAAAAGGAACGCUAAACUUACUAAAAAAAUGUCCCAUUCGUACUGAUAGUUAUACUCUCCGGAGUUGAAGUAUCACCUCCAAACCUGGAACUAUUUUACAAGUGGAGCACAUCGUUAUGGGGCUUACUCAACCCCCAGACACUUCGUCAGACACUUGACCCUUCUCGAAACACUUAUCAGGUUUGCGGGUGUCAAGAGCUUGUGUCCAUUGUUCGAGAUCGUCGGAAAUCUUGCAAGAACCGAAAACCCCCAUCGUCGCAGGGUGUGUGAUAAACUUCCGCUGUAAUGCGAUGAUGUCACAACACGUUUUUACCUCGAUCAUUAAAACCGGAUUUCACACAUUGAUCACGAGCCAUAAAUCGCAUGUGUGUUGCAACGUACGGUAGUGCAAAACCCUGCCAGCAAUGGAAACAAUAGGGCAGAGCUUAGCAGAUUAGAUCCAAAAGAGUACCCAAGCAUAAAUCUUACUCUUCUCUUUGUUGAUGAUAUCCCAAAAAAAGGGGUGACAUUCAAACCACCGAGAACGUUUCCGAACGAAAUGCUACGCCGAAAGAAAUUCACUGUCACCAUUGACGCAACGCAACACAAAACCAACACCGUCCGGAAACUUCCAAAAAUCCGAUUUCCAUCACCGAUUUUUGUACAUCCAUACCACUCUUUCUCGAACUUGCUUGUGGUGCUAUUAUUAUUAUCAUCUGUUCAUCCUGUAUGCGGAACUGGAAAGCCGGUUCUGCGUCCCAAAAUAAAAUUAAAAAAAA